UUUUAUUGUAUUGUGGGCGCGGAUAAGAAUUAAUGAUUGGGGUAGGCAACUAGGGCUCCAAACCCAUUCCAUAUAUAUAUUACGCACUGUGACUGAAACUCUGAAGCAGAAAAACAGAAAAAGAAAACAAUUAUCAGCAAUAAUAAAAUUAUAGGCACGAUUCUGGCAUGUCCAAUUCUCAACAGAAUGAGCUUCAUUAUUCAACCGCCAACGGGGACGAGAGGUCAAACCCUUGUUUAGCCAACACGCGCUGCAGCUUCUGCUUUCCCUGUUGCUUCGGUUCCCGUCGCGACUCGGCCACCCUCGGGUUCGGGUGGUGGGAGCGCGUGCGAGCCACGUCGUCAUGGUCCGAGUCGCGCUCCGAGGCGCAACCGGUGACCGGGAGUCCCGGUGGGCGGUGGUGGUCUGGCGGCGUGAGGGCCUUUAUGAAGGUGCGCGAGUGGUCGGAGCUCGCGGCGGGGCCUCGGUGGAAGACUUUCAUCCGGCGGUUCAGCCGGAGCCGGAGUGGCGGGUCGCGGCACGCGGCGGGGAAGUACCAGUACGACCCCUUGAGUUACGCUUUGAACUUCGACGAGGGGCAUAACGGGGAUUUCGGCGAUGACGGCUACGACGGGUUACGGAAUUUCUCCACGCGUUACGCCGCGCCUCCUCCGAUUAAGUCCGUUUCCUCGGAUUCGAAUCAAGACGUCGCCGUUUUGGGAUAAGACUAAGGAAAAAAAAAAAAAAGAGGAAUUGCGCUGAUUACAUAUGCCAGGUCAUGUGGUGUCGAUUUUGGGAAUUUUGCUUCUGCUAGCUUACAAGUGUGCAGUUACUGUGUAUUAAUUUUAUUAUAUUACUAUCAAUCAAUAGUUAUAGGAUUUUAAUUUCUUACUAUUGUAUAUUCCUUCCUUGGCAUUACAGUAUUUUUUUUAGUUAAUAUAUUGGUUAUAUAUUAUUUUUUUUCUUGAAGAAGGUUA